AUGGACGGCGAUAUCGCGGCGCACAGCCAGGAGGCGGAGAAGGAGACCACUCGGCUUUGGCGCACCUUCCGAACCGUCUAUGAGAUGCUCGCGGACCGAGGCUAUGAGGUGUCCGAGGAGGAGCUGACAAUCUCUCUGGAUGUCUUUCGCAUGAAAUACUCCGACCCGAUGGGAUAUCCUGAUCGCAGCAAGAUGAAAAUCCAGGCCCGGCCCACCGAGGACAUGAAGGUCAAGUACACGCCACUGCCCAGCAAGUCGAACCCGAACCCCCAAGCGGACUGCGGCACCAUCUAUGUCGACUUCUGCCCCGACGCCUCGGGCGUCGGUACCAAGCAGGUGCGCCAAUUCAACCACAUCGUCGACGAGAGCAACUUUCACACCGGUGUCUUUAUCACACAAACCCCCAUCUCCCCCUCCGCCGUCCGUCUCCUCUCCAGUGUCCCCGGCCGCUUCUGCGAGCACUUCCAAGAACAGGAUUUGCUAGUCAACAUCACCCGCCACGAGCUCGUCCCUAAGCACGUCCUGCUCAGCCCCGAGGAGAAGAGCCGCCUGCUUGAGCGUUAUCGACUCAAGGAGUCGCAGCUGCCGCGCAUGCAGGUUUCCGACCCCGUGUCGCGUUACCUGGGUCUGCGCCGGGGUCAGGUUGUGAAGAUUAUCCGCAAGUCCGAGACCGCUGGUCGCUACGCCUCUUACCGCUGGGUGAUCUGA